AUGAUUUCCUUUUCCGAUGAAACCAAAGCCAUAGACUCGGAUGUGGGCCUGUUCGCGGCGUCGGACGAGUUUCCUUCAGAAGUACUGGAGAGUAUUGAUGUGGAGGUUGGCUUUGGCGACGCCGAACAAGGAGACACGUUGCGCCACAGCUGGAGCGAGUCGUGCAUCUCGGAUGGAAGAUUGACCGAUUGCCACGACAGAUACGAAAACGCCGACUCUUCCAAGGCCACCGGAGCCAGUACCGGAAACGGCUUUGGAGGAGGAGGGGUGAAAACGUCCCUGGUGGCAAAAGGGGGCAGCGAGAUCUUGAGGUCGAGAUCAGGAUUGAUAAGCGCAUUAAAGAUGGACAGGUGGGAGCUGAAAAGUUUCCCUGAGCUGGGCACAACUGGAAGCGGAGAAGCUCUGCUAUCUUUGGCUUCCCUAUCUUCGGGCACCUGCGGCUGCGAGUGCCGUGAUUUGGAUGUUUUCUGUUCCAUAGUUGGAAAUAGCCUUAUCUGGCUUGUAGACACUUACUUCGCGCCGGAAAAUAAAGAUCGAACGGAACGACGUGGGUGUUUGGGUUUUAGACUCCAGACCCAAGGCACUUAA